GAGAAUUUCGACCAGAGUCCCUUAAGAAGAACCUUCAAGUCCAAAGUUUUGGCCCAUUAUCCUCAGAACAUCGAGUGGAACCCCUUCGACCAGGAUGCCGUCAACAUGCUGUGUAUGCCCAAAGGGCUGUCUUUCAGGACGCAGGCAGAUAACAGAGAUCCGCAGCUCCAUUCGUUCAUCAUCACCAGAGAAGAUGGCUCUCGUACGUAUGGGUUUGUGCUUACGUUCUACGAGGAGGUCACAAGCAAGCAGAUCUGCACAGCCAUGCAAACACUCUACCAGAUGCACAACGCAGAGCAAUACAGCAGCGUCUGUGCCUCCUCCUCAUGCAGCAUGGACUCCCUGGCCAGCAGCAUCGAUGAGGGGGAUGCCACUUCCCUCGCUAAGCUCCAGCGAUACAACUCCUACGACAUCAGCAGAGACACGCUGUACGUCUCCAAAUGCAUAUGCCUCAUCACCCCUCUGCCCUUCAUGCAAGCCUGCAAGAAGUUCUUGAUCCAGCUGUAUAAGGCGGUGACCUCCCAGCAGCCGCCGCCUCUGCCCCUGGAGAGCUACAUCCACAACAUCCUCUACGAGGUGCCCCUGCCGCCCCCGGGGAGGUCGCUGAAGUUUUAUGGAGUUUACGAGCCCAUCAUUUGCCAGAGACCUGGGCCCAACGAGCUGCCGCUCUCUGACUACCCACUGCGGGAGGUCUUCGAGCUGCUGGGCCUGGAGAACCUGGUCCAGGUUUUCACCUGCGUUCUUCUGGAGAUGCAGAUCCUUCUGUACUCACAAGAUUAUCAGCGUCUGAUGACAGUGGCGGAGGGGAUCACAACACUGCUGUUCCCGUUUCAGUGGCAGCACGUGUACGUCCCCAUCCUUCCUGCCUCUCUCCUGCAUUUUCUGGAUGCUCCCGUUCCCUACCUGAUGGGGCUGCAGUCCAAGGAGGGAACCGACCGCUCCAAGCUGGAGCUGCCUCAGGAGGCAAACUUGUGCUUUGUAGACAUCGAUAACCAUUUCAUCGAACUGCCGGAGGAAUUCCCUCAAUUCCCCAACAAGCUGGAGUUUAUCCAGGAAAUCUCUGAGGUUCUCCUGCAGUUUGGGAUCCCGCCGGAGGGUAACCUGCACUGCAGCGACAGCGCCACCAAACUCAAGAACCUGGUUCUUAGCGACUUGGUGAACGACAAGAACGGGAACAUCCCUGGCAAUGCCCUCAACAUGUACGAGCUGCUGAAAGGGAAUGAGACGAUCGCCCGCCUGCAAGCCCUCGCCAAGAGAACGGGCGUGACGAUGGAAAAAAUGACCAUCACGGCUCCCCUCGCAGAGAAGGAGAAGGAUGGGAAACUGCCAUGUGAGGAGGUGGAGCUGAGGGACUAUAAACUGAACGUGCAGCUUCGCGAAGUUUUUGCCAACCGCUUCACGCAGAUGUUCGCAGACUACGAGGCUUUCGUCAUUCAGGCUGCCCCCGAUAUGGAGUCGUGGCUGACAAACAGGGAACAAAUGCAAAACUUUGACAAAGCUUCCUUCCUUUCGGACCAACCUGAGCCUUACCUCCCAUUCCUUUCACACUUCAUCGAAACACAGAUGUUUGCAACCUUCAUAGACAAUAAGAUAAUCUCCCAGUGGGAAGAGAAGGACCCUUUUCUGCGAGUUUUUGACUUCCGGAUUGAGAAAAUAAGGCUAUAUAAUGUAAGGGCCCCUGCACUGCGGACAUCCAACUAUCAGAAAUGCAACACUUUGAAAGAAGCAGCCCAGUCCAUUGAGCAGCGGCUGAUGAAGAUUGAUCACACAGCCAUCCACCCGCACUUACUUGAUAUGAAGAUCGGCCAAGGGAAAUACGAACAAGGAUUUUUCCCGAAGUUGCAGUCGGAUGUCUUGGCAACGGGACCUACCAAUAACAACCGCUGGGCCAGUCGCAGCACGACCGCGCAGCGGAGGAAAGACCGCCUGCGGCAGCACUCGGAGCACAUCGGGCUGGACAACGAUUUGAGGGAGAAAUACAUGCAGGAGGCGAGGAGUUUAGGAAAAAAUUUAAGGCAGCCCAAACUCUCAGACCUCUCUCCAGCUGUGAUUGCGCAGACCAACUGGAAAUUUGUGGAAGGGUUACUGAAGGAAUGUCGCAUGAAGACUAAACGCAUGUUGGUAGAGAAAAUGGGCCAUGAAGCAGUCGAGCUGGGACACGGAGAAGCCAACAUAACAGGUCUGGAGGAAAAUACGUUGAUUGCUAGUCUCUGUGAUCUGCUAGAAAGAAUCUGGAGCCAUGGUCUGCAGGUCAAGCAGGGGAAGUCUGCUUUGUGGUCCCAUUUACUUCAGUACCAGGAGAGAGAAGAAAAGCAAGAGCAUACUGCAGAGUCCCCAGGUGAGUACUUGGCAGUUGACUCCAUGAAGGGUCCAUCACAGUGAAUGAACUUGGGCCUGGGAGGAACAGUGCAGCCACACAAAACCCAUGCAGGAUUUUCAGUGUAUUUGCUUGCUAAUGUCACAUUUACAUUUUGAGACCUUUCAUAAUCAUUAUGAAGAUGCCUUGAUGCCUGGAUAAAGUAGAUUGACAUCAUUGGAGGCAAAUGAACAUAUUUAUUAUCCCUGCCUGGAAAAUCACUCGAUGUCUGUUCACUACCUUCAUUACCUUUUAACCAGUAUUGAGUGAGGUGUGAGAAGCACUGCUUCUGCAAGAGGUGAUUUCUGAAGGAGCUGAAGGUGUGGAGCUGUGGCUAAGACAGCUGACAUUUUUCUUUC